CAAUACAUAGAUCAGUUAAGGAAAAACAAAACGACUAUGGCAAUCGCGAAGAUCAAGAGUUUUCUUGACAAUAGUCUAAAGAGUGUAACGACUCCGCUGGAUCGUACUACUACUUUAGAGCCUGAAAUAGGUAUCAGGAUUAUUCACUCACCGUAUGAUAAAACAUUGAGGGUUACUGUUCUUGGUGCAAGACAUUUGCCACAGAAUUUUGGAUUUACAAGAGUCAACAGUUAUGUUGUCAAGGUUAAAUUCUUCCCAGGCAAGGAAAAAUUUGAAACGACCUCGAAAAACGAAUCUUGGCCGCAGUGGAAUGAAGAGUUCACGUUUCACUUGAGAAAAGAAACUAAAAUAAAAUUUGGCAAGUCAAAAGUCACUGAAGAGUUUCUAGAUGGAUCUAAACUUAUAAUAGCGACGCUUUAUGCGAUUCUUGAGGACAAACCGCUGAUCGCGACUGAUAAGAAAGAAGCAGAGAAGGAAAAUUCAAAGGAAGGAAGUAAAGAUGGUAAGAAGGAUGGAAAGAAGAAAGAAGGAGCUACGACGUCUGGAUCCCAGGAGUCGAAAUCUAAUAAACUACUCGGUCAAUUAUUCAGCAAAAGUUCUGAUAAAGAAAAGGAUAAAGAGCCGGUUGUUGAAAAGAAAAGUAUUGACAAGAGACGAACUGUUGGAGCUACCACCAUUUCAUUAGAUGUUAAGAACUUUGUUACUAAACCACCUAAGGCUAAACAUUCGGAUGAAGUGUCUACUGGUGAUAUUUGGAAACCUCUCAGACCUAUUGCCAGCGGAAUAUCUGGUGCUGAAGAUAGGCGAGAAAGUAAAAAAGGACAAGUAGAAAUGAUUCUAGUACAAGAAAAAAGUGAUAAAAAAGAUGUUAGUGAAGGUCGAUUGAUAUUGAGCUUAUCACGAUUGAGAUGUUCACUUCAAACAAUGCAUGAACAAGAGUCGCUUAAAGGCCAGUUGUAUAUAAAAAUGUCUGUUGUUGAUGGUGGCAGAGUGACUCAUUUUUGGAAAAGUGAUCGAUUUAAUCCAUGUGUAUCGAUGAAAUUUGCGCAGGACCAAGCACAAGUUAUCGCUGAAAAUCCGUAUGAGGGUGCAUUGAAAGAUGUCAGUUUUGUUGUUAAAUUUGUCUCUAAAAAUAAAAUAGGUAAAAAAACGACAAUAGGACAUUUUGUUAUUGGCCCGGAUGUAGGUGGAACGUAUAGCGAACAAUGGAAGCAAGCUAUGGCUAAACCAGGAAAUGUUGUCACUAAAUGGCAAGUCUUUGAAUGA